GUUACGCCGGGCUCUAGUGCUUCCAGCUCCUUAAUAACGAGCAGCGACGUCCGCGCCUCCCUCCCCAGCCACUCGCACUCCUCAAUCUGCCGCUCGAUUCAAAUAUUGUGAAACGCGUUACCAACGGCUGCAGUAACACCAGAGGCUUUGUCGGGGAGGAGAAGGGGAAACGCUCUGGGUUCUGCAGCCGGCGCAGGCGUGGGGAGAGCCGGUGGCCGAGGGGACCCUGUUGCCCGGCCGGCUGUGAUCCUCCAGCCAGCCAGGAAUGAUGUAAGAAACCUCCAGUUCGGGAGCAGCUCCCGCUUCAUCUACAGGAGGGUUUUAACUUUACAGUGUCCUCGGAGACAGUUAAACAAGUUUCGGGUGUUUUCCGGUGCUAAAGCAGAGGGACCUGGGAGCUGAAGAUGCACAGGGAGAUGAGUAACGCGGUCGUCCUGAGCCAGCGCCGGCGAUAACGCAGCAUCCGACCCAGCCCCACUCCCGGGAGCAGCGCCACCGGAGGUGGAGGCGGAGCAGGGGAGAGGUGGCACUGCUGAAGCCGUCGGCGGGCUGCCCGUUCCUGAGCAUCGCUUCGGCCAUCACGGGACAGCCCUGGCCCCAUCGCCUUACUUCCCCUGUGGGGUGUGAGAUGCAGCCAGGUCGAGUGUGAGGCACCACCAGGGCUCAUACCGAGCCAAAAACAUCCCUCGGAGCUGGAGCCCCGACCCACAUGAUGCUGAGCCUCAAGUUACCCCGGCUGCUCAGCAUCAACCAAGUUCCCAAGGGGUACCAGGAGCAGGGGAUCCUCUUCGGGUAUCGCCCCCCCCGAAGCUCAGCAGCUGAUUGUCUCCUCAGCGUCUUCCAAAUGACGAACGAGACCCUAAAUAUCUGGACGCAUUUUGUGCCUGCCUGGUACUUCGUGUGGACCCUGGUGGGGCAGCUGCAGGGGCCGGGGGGCCCGGAGGACCCUCAUGCCUGGCCUCUCCUUGCCUACCUGCUGACCUGCUGCAUCUACCCCCUUGCCUCCAGCUGUGCCCACACCUUCAGCACCAUGUCCACCCGCGCCCGGCACAUCUGCUACUUCUUCGACUACGCGGCUCUCAGCAUGUACAGCUUGGGGUCGGCGCUGGCCUACUCGGCAUACGUCUUCCCCAGGGAAUGGCUCAACAGCCCCUUCCACCGCUGCUAUGUCCCCAUCGCAGUGCUGAACACCGUCGUUAGCACCAGUCUGUCCUGCUAUUCCAGGUUUCUGGAGGCAGAGCGGCCCCGGUUCAGCAAGGCUUCCCGCACCCUGGCCUUCGUGUACCCAUACCUCUUUGACAGCAUCCCUCUCUUCUACAGGUUCUACCUGUGCGCGGCGGAGAGCUGCACGGAGGCUGCCAUCCUGGUCCACUACAAGCACACUGCCUUUGCCUUCCUCACUUGCUUCAUCUUCGCGAGCCAUCUGCCAGAGAGACUUGCGCCAGGACACUUUGAUUAUAUUGGGCACAGCCACCAAGUUUUCCACGUCUGUGGGAUCAUCGGCACACACUUCCAGAUGGAGGCCAUCACAUUGGACAUGGCCGAGCGCCACGAUCAGCUGCUUUCCCCCUCGCUACUUCCCUCCUCCCUCCAGACCCUCGGGGCGAUGGGCAUCGGCACGGCCGUGAGCCUGGCUGUCAUUGGGCUCUGCUCCGUGUCCUUGCACUUCAUGCCAGAGCUUCUGCAGAGAGAAAAACCCCACGGGCAUUAAGCUUUGGGUCUAGAUAGGGUUUAUGCUGCUCCAUGGGAGAAACUCAAAACGGUAUGUGUAUGGUAUGGAUGAGGAGGAGUUUAUUUUCCUAUGCUCUCUGAGAAAAUUGAACAUUUUCUCAAGAGUGAAACGUAUUGCACUGGUUUUUGUACAUAUAGCUUUAAAGCUGGGAACAGAUUAUGAAACGCUUUUAAUCAAGUUACUAUUUCAUCAUGAGAAAUAUUUAAAAUAAUCUUAACUUUUUUUUCUGUAAAAGGGAGAUAAGUGCUAAUACUUUCCAAAGCAAUAGGCAUUCAUCAGGUCUGCCUUAGGGAGGAAUCGGGGAGGCAAGUGAACGUGGAUAACUCUGGUCAUCUGGUGACACAGAUGUCCUUGUCAUCAGUUUAGACCGAUAGCCAAGACUGCCUGGCAAAGGCACGAGCAAGGGUUCCCCCAGAGGCUCCCUAACUAAGGUUUUCACCUUGAAAGUGGCAUUAUUUUGGAGAUUAAAACCUCAGUUAUCUGUGUUAUACAGCCUUACGCUAAACCCAAGUGCCUGACAGAUGUGGGAUUGAGAGACUAGUUUGCCUACAUUUUAAAUUCAGGUAUUUUUAAUCAUUACACAGAAAGAGUUAUUCUAGAAGAACUCUCCACUGGAUGUUCCUCCAGAAUAGCUUUUUUUUUUUUGGUCCAAUUCCAGUGCCUGGGGAAUGAGUUUGCAGGGGAGAGCUGAGCUCCUGCCCACGCAGGCGAUGCAAUGGCCGGGUGGCUUAUGCAGCCCCAGGCCCAGAGCACGGGGGGCACUGUCCCUCCCUCCUUGCACCCGUCACCUCCGUCCUGUGCUCGCAGCGGGCCCCUUCUCUGACCUCAUUUGUGGCAUCAAACGUGACCGCAGGAAGAAAUACCUGCACCCACGAGGUGACGACAUGGACUUCCUUAUGAGCACUGUUUUGUGCUGUUUUAACGUGGGCGUGAAGCCGUGAUGCUCAAAAAAGGUAUUUGUCAUCUUGUUGAGGGCAAUAUCUGAGAAAUUUGUGAGAUAUCCUCUCAUGAAGCAUCCUCUCCCAGGUGUUUCUGGAGGCAGGAUACUGGGCUACAGCACCUUGGUCUGAGGGUGUGACUGACGGUAGAGCCAUCACCUCUGAACCUCUCUAGUUUCUGGUCCCACAUGGAUAGAAGAAUGUUUUUCUUUUCCUGAGUGGAUAGCAAGAGGGUGUCUGGGGAGAAUAAGACAUCAGCUGAGCAAUAAGUGGGAGUCUGUAUGGCGUAGGGAUGUGAGUGCUGUUGGAUGAAAGGCAGGAUUUAGAGCAGCUGAGCUGAUCACGCAUGAGGGGAUCAAAACAUGUCAUUUGAAUGCAUUUCCAGAGUUAGACCUCUGCUCACCCAGCAAUAGUCCUGUGCUCUGGCUCUUGCUCCUUGCUCUCCUUUGUUGCUGCAUCUGGAUUUUACAGGCAGAAGCGAAGAGCACUAGGGAGAGGUUGAGGGCAAGGGGGAGGCAGCCCACGAGGAGAGCUUGGCUGGUGGCUCCCGCGACGGAGGUUGUCACAUUGGAUUUAUCUCACGCCGCACAGGAGGUGCAGGAACACGCGAUGCAAAGAUUACUGCUAGGGAAUAUUAUCAAGCUUCUUGAUAAUCAUACGGGUGUAUAAUUUGUUUUGUGUAUAAUUGCCUCUAUCAAGGUAUAAUUGAUGCACUUUUGAGUGACAGUACAACUGCUCGUUAAAUAUAUUAUGGGACAAAUAAAUCUUUUGAAAAAUAGCUUUCUUUUGAAAGCUGACCAAGAUUUAUAUUAAUAUUUAUAAGCACUGGAACAGAAUUGUUUAUUCAACAGUUUUAUUUCAUUAAAAGAGAAAACUAAUAUAACUAUCGCACUGAUAUAUGCUAACCUGAUUUGUAUAGUUUCAUAAAAAUACUGCCUGUGAAAAUUAAUCACUUCAGAGAUAAUUGCUAAUAAUUGCAAAGCUUAUUUACCUUGUGUACUCGUGUGACCGGAAAGGAAUCUGGCUUUGCAUGCAAGACAUGAUUGAAGAGUCUGUAAAAUUUAUUUAUAUGAGUCAUCAUACAUUUUUUUCUUGGUUGUUUAACUUUUGAAUUCGGGAAGUCCUCUCAUCCUCUUCAGGUGAAAUUAUUUUUAGGAAAACUACAUUAAAAAUAUAACAGUAGUAGUAUUACACACUAUAACAAUAAAAAAGUAUGGUAGUAUGAUACACUACUAUAAUCCCUCUGGAUCCUGCAACACUUUGCAUGGACCCUUUGUCUGGCACAUACUUUAUACACUAAACAAGUGAAUGUUUGAUUUUGAAGCAGCCCAGGUCAGCCAGAUUUCUUCUUCAGUUGUAGAUAGACCUCCAGUAAUCUAUUCAAUAUACUAGAUUUUAUUCACAUAAAGAAAUAAAAAAAUCUGUGUCAAACUGUUAAGAGUAAAUAAUACAGGACAUUUAUUUGUUGGAACAUGUUGUUUUGUUGUGUGUCUCUGCCCAACCCAGAGCAAAUCCCAAACAAAACUACUAUCUUUAUGACCAAAUCCCAGAGAACAUCAGUCAUCUGCCCUUCAGACAAGCAGAGUUUACUCUGCUGAUGAACUACGCAGAUACAGCAGAGCUUUAGGUCUGCUGAGUUCCUUUGGGUUAAGGUAAAAGUUGAAUCUGAAUAUUCCUGAAUAACUUAAUCCAAAAGAUGCACAUCUUUUUCCAGAGUAUAGCGCACAUGGUGGAUUUAAAUGAGCUGGAAUGCAGGUAUGAAUGUGAUUGUGGCAGGAGCUGGGAAUAUCUUCUGGAACACUUCCCCGGGCGAGGCAGGUGUUGUCGGGCUUGCUGCACCUUCGGUCUUGGGAAAGGUGUCUGCUGUAUGAAUUGUUAUCUUGCUUGUUAAACCCCCUUUCCUCCUGUGAUGAGAGUGAAUUGUGCUUUCCAUCCUGCGUGUAUCGUUUUCCAGGCGGGUAUCAGUAUGCUGGGUUUAAUUUAUUAAGUCCUAAGCGGUCUGGGAUCUAUGAGAAGACACUGCCGUGGCAGUCAGUGGAAGUGUGAGCAGAGGUUUUUUUUCUGUGAGAAGUGCAGCUUCAGGCACUUUUAUCCAUUAGUUCCCAGGGCUCUGGGAAUUCUGUUUGGUUUUGAGGGUGGCAGCCCCAUCUUACCAGUUUUAGAGUGCAGGGCAAGGACAGUCGUGGUGUGAUGGUGGGACUGUGCGUGGGGCUCUGGUUCUGCUCCAGGAGUUCAAUUUUGACUGGUUGUAUUCUCGAGAACAUUAAGAAAUGUGCCUGUUUCAAUGUGUUUUAAAACACUUUAAGAAGUGAAGGUUGGACCAGGAGACUGAUGUCUGCUGAUAGCGGUCACAGUGAAAAAUAAAAGACAGCUUG